AUGACGCUCGUAGAGAACAGCGACCUUAGCCGGCUCACUGCUCUGCUUGACCGGUUCGACGCGUCCGACCGCGUGUUUGAUGUCAAGUUGGAGCUCCUAGCUUUCCCAGCAAAGAAGUUGGAAGCAGCCGGGAGACAGCAUCCGCAUGCGGAAUACUUCUCGUACAUCAUGAACCACUGCUUUCCAGACUACAGCUUCAGGUAUGGUUGCUGCCUUCCGCUGUCCAACCUUCGCAGUCACCUGGGCGCCAAACACUUCAAGCAGGUGAAGAACCUGGCCGGGGUCAUCAACAACAUCGAUUACAACCUGUCGUUCAUAGUGGAGCGCUUCGUGCCAGGCUUCGCGAAGGAUUUCUGGGAUGUUAUAAAGGACAUCGUGCCGCUGAAGGAGGUCGAUAUAUACACGUACGAUUACUACGGCGAGGAUGGGCCUUUCAACGAGGGUAGUUGUAUGCAGAGCUUCAACUACUUCCUGCUUGACAAGCGCCAGCAGCUGGUGCUGUUCCUGUGCUGCGUUACCACCGGCAAGUGCGACUCAGUUCGGCAGAUGCAAGAUGAGCAGUCGUUCACGACGCCGUGUUAUCAAGAGACCGUCUCCUCAUGCAACGAGGGGGACUGCCUCUCCGACUUUGAGGUUCCGGAGACCAUGACGUAA